AUGACAUCUUAUACGCCAAGCAACGAGUGGACAUUUCGAAAUAACAACCCGUCAUCGGGCUUGGACGUCGUCACCGCUGCUCGUCCGCCCCCAAAGUCUCCUCGACUCAGAAACUCGACGUUAAAAGUUUUUCAAUCCGUUUUCAACCGACACAACACAACUCGCUCGCACCACACCGCUGCGGCACCGUCACUCCACUCGUCCCUCUCUGCAAGUAGCGCCCGACUUGCCUCCAGCACUAGUCCCAUCCAGCAUCCAUUCGCCCCCAUGCCUCCAGCACCCGUCCCCAUCGUAUCCUCGCACGACCCCGCAGACGACGAGCAGGAAUGCCCCGUCUGUCUCGAACCUCUCAGCUUCAGCUUCAGACUCCCCGGCGAAAAACCUCACGUAGUCCCAGAAUGCGGUCACUCCCUCCACGAGGCUUGCUUCAUCGCAGUUUAUGGCCCACCUCCGGGUCAGUCACGUUCUGCAACCCCUCGCAAAUCAAACUUGGGCGUCUGUGGUGUGUGCAGACGACAAAUGAAAAUCGCAGAUGGCGAUCACAGCAAGACAAACAAGCUGGCAGCCCUUACAGGUAUGGGCGACCCACAGGCUCCGGCUGUCUACCCCGGUCGCGAUUCCCCAGCCGCCCGAUCUGGUCGAAGUCAACCCCAGCUGCCAUGCAGUCCUACCGACGACGACCCCGUCGACCAUGCCACCUCCGUUAAAUCCAACCCAAGCGACACCGGCUACAUCAUUGCGCCCUCCAUCCAAGUGCGCCCUGAAUUCUCUACCAUUGUUCGUACCGGCGAACAAACUCAACCCAUCACCUGCAUUGUCAUAAUCGAACUCCCUGCCAGGCGUGGUAAUACUCACAUACCAGCACCCCUUAUAUCCGAAUCAUAUGGAAACCAAAAUGGUCCGUCCCACCCUCACAUCGACGCCGAUCAGCAACCCGUGCCAAGGGCGCCCGAUCGUCCCCACCAAUAUCCUUCUCAAGAACGCUGGGCACCCCCCCACAACGGUUCCGAAACUGAUUUGUCUCGGUACACUCCGAACAUGGCGCACGAAGAUGAUUCCCCCUUCAAUUCCAUCGUAGAGGAUCUGAGAAAUCGCAUCGCCGAUUGGAAGGGUCACGCGUUAUCAGAAUUGGGUCCUUUGCUUAUGUAUGACCUGUUGUCUGUCCGUCGUGACACUCUCGUGCGGGAAUUCUUCGUCUAUCUCUUCAAGGAAGCUAUCAUCUGCGUCGCCGAGGAAAAGAAACGACCUCUUGGCCGAUUCUUGCCUUCACCGUCCUACAACGAUUCGUCGGCAGCAUCUACUGGCUCCGGCAGUCCCUCAAAGGGCGUCCUCCGUUUGAAAGGCCGCAUAUACGUGCGACACAUCAAACGAUUGCAUGUAAGUACAUCGGGCGACAUGAGUCUGACCAUAGAGAUGGAGGAUGAACGUCUGGACUCUUUCAUCCUGGUCUUCAAAGACCGCUCCUCGUUGGAAUCAUGGAAAGGGCAAAUUCAGUCCCUUGUCGCAUCGUUUCAGCAGCCCCCGGGCUCCCAGCAGAAUUCUUUCGAUCGAGGUCUUGAUAUCGAAGAGUUUGGUGGAUCUGGGAAAGCGGCACGUAUGCUCAGUGGCAGCACCGGUUCGACUAACACUAGCGCCGUCGACAGCCUUCAGGGCUUCGCGCGUUCCACUACAUCUUCUUCCACCUCGCAUCACUCAGUGCCCAGGGUACUACAAAGCAAGCUGCAGACCCUCGGUGAGGAGGCUGUCAUGACCAACUAUGAUACACCCCUAGUCAUGCCUCACGUCUCCUCCGGCUCGUCCAAUUCGCUCGCCCCUCUUCUACACCCACCUCUCGAUCUCAUGCUAAUCGUCUCACUGCCCCCUCCCAACGCCCCACGCAGCACAGCCGAGCUGAAAAUCCGCGUCAUCAAAACAUCCCUCGACUUUAUCUUGGCGUCCCUGGGGAAUAGGGACCGGCUCAGCCUUGUUACUUUCGAGGUCGGAACGGGUGGUCGCGUGAGAAGAACACCGUAUCUAUGUGUGGGAAAGACUCAGAGUCGAGGAAGACUGCAAAAGUUCAUUUACGACACUGGCCGCAUGGACGAUCCUAACAUGGAGGAUGAGUUUUUGAUCAGGGCAUCCAAAGAUGAGAAGACCGACGUCGUGACGGCUGUUAACCACGGCCUUGACGUUGUUCUUCAGCGAAAAUCCCGAAACCCUGUAUCGGGUAUGAUUCUCGUCAGCGAUGCAGCAGAUAGCACGAGGCGUGCUCAGAUGGAUCUCGUCCUCGCCCGUGCCGAAGCGGCCAACAUGCCUAUCCACUCUUUCGGCUAUGGUCGCUCACAUGACCCUGCUUCACUUUGGCUGAUGUCGAACCACACCAGUGGGACGUAUACUUUCGUCAAGGACUGGUAUGACCUGCGAGUGUGCCUAGCUGGCUGUAUAGGUGGAAUGAUGUCAAUUGGCUUGCUGAACAUGAAGCUACACAUACGUAUCGUCGACGGCCAACGCUUCCGCAUCCGCAAGGUAUCUGGUGGACCGUUACCUAUCCUGUCUACAGAUGGCCAGAACGUCGAUAUCGACGUGGGCGAGUUGCGGUACGGCGAGUGCAAAGAGAUGUUGAUCGAAUGCGAACUCGAUAACCGCGAGACCCGCCGUCAAGGUGCUUUGCAAAACAGCAAUCGCGCUUUGAACGCGACGGACCAGUUCGUGCAGAGCAUGGGUCUCGAGGCAUUGUCGAUCGAGGACUCAACCGACCUCGUUGACGGCAUGAUGGACCGCAUGAUUGACGAGGUGCCCGUCUUUGAGGUUGAUGGUUCGUUCUUCGAUCCCUCCGCUGGCAAGCACAUCUCGCGACUCGCCCAUCCCGUUCUGUUGACGAUCACACUUCUACCCUCCAAUCUCUCGAACUCAUCAAAACAACCGAAGCCGUCCGAUCCUGUCAUCGUGCGUCGUCGAAUGGAGCUCCUUGCAUCAGAUAUGAUUACUCGCGCGCUCGUCCUGGUGUCGAGGAAGAACUACCCCCAGGCGCAAAAGAUAAUAAACGAGACUAAGCGCAUCCUUCACACAGUUCUUCAAAAUAUAUCCAGAGCUCUCCCUUUGCCAAACAAUGAGGGCUCGACAUUACGGAACAGGAAAGAAUUACUGACUUUAUCGGCGGUCCGCGCCAUGCAAGCCAUGCUUCAAGAUCUUCAGAUCCUCUCAGAGGCCCUGGAAGAAAAUGUAGAGUUGUUCGCACAUGAUCAAAGAAACUUUGGUGCACAACAGGCAAUGAUCCUGCGCGAUCAGAAAAGUUGGACUAACCGUAGUGCAACCGAACGUUUGUUCUGGAAGAUAGACAACUCCAUCGAACUCGCUACUCGAAGUACUGACUGGGUCCCGCGUGACUAGGUUUCGCUCUUGUUCUGGCUCUGGCUUUUGCACCUGGCACCACUCCCCAGCCUCUUCCACACGCUCAUUUUAUGCUAUUCUGAUGGUUUUUCUCGGGUGGCUUUCUUGCGCUCCCUUUUCUUCUUUCUUUCCUUGUGCUUAAUUAUUGUAUUUCCCCUUGACGCUGUAAUGGUCAUCCGGCCGCGUCAGGGCGGGCAUGUUUUCCUCUUCUGAUUUAUACCCUCCCGGAUGUCUUCAUUCACCUCGUUGUUUGUAGCGUAGGCCCUAGAUUCCGUCGUGUCGGAGUUGGGCGUGUGUCGGCUUGGAGAGU